GAAUGAACGCGCGAAUCUCGGUAAAUGGUCCCUGAGAAUCCCGCGCAAAGCAGUCUUUCCCGAGGCUGACUUGGAGAAUAGUCCCGAAGUUGCAGGGCCAGACAUGGCUAGACCCAAGGGGAUUGCUCUUUUGGCUGGAGGAUCAUCCAGUCCAGCUGCCGCAGCAGGAGAGCAAGAAGAAGAGUCGCACUUUUACCUCAACCUCCACCUUCGUCAGGGUCCGAUCGCAGCUGGGGUCGCCUGGAACAGCGCAUGGAACGAACCGAAGGAGAGCAAAAACACCUACGUCUGCGACGAUAUUCGGUGUGAAGACGUCCUUUGGACCGGCUACCCCUACGACGACAACAAGGGACACUUCGCUAGUACUGCUUCUAGUUCUGAUGUUGCAGCACCUGCGUCACUACACGAGCCUUCUCCUUUCCUAGCCAAUGGUGGUGACGGGCGAUAUGAUUGGGAGAAUGGUUUCUUUUCGGGUUGGAGUGGCAUGUUCGCGGUGACGCUGAUUUUGACCAUGCUGCAAUACUUCCUGAACGCAG